AUGGCCGACGUUGACGUACAAGUCCAGUACACCACCACGGAGCGCAAGACCAGGAAGGUCAAGAAGUCCUCCAAGCGCAGGGAGUCGAAAGAUGGCGAGGUUACCGUUACUGAAAUCGAACAGACCAACACUACGACCGGGAACGACGAUGGUGGCGAAUACACCAAGGCGAUGAACAAGGACUGGCACAGCGGCCACUUCUGCUGCUGGCAGUGCGAUGAGUCGCUCACCGGCCAGCGCUAUGUGCUCCGUGACGAACAUCCCUACUGCAUCAAGUGCUACGAGAGCGUCUUCGCCAACGGUUGCGAAGAGUGCAACAAGACCAUCGGUAUCGACUCUAAGGACCUGUCGUACAAGGACAAGCACUGGCACGAGGCCUGUUUCCUUUGCGCCAAGUGCCGCGUCUCCUUGGUAGACAAGCAGUUCGGCUCCAAGCUCGACAAGAUCUACUGCGGCAACUGCUAUGAUGCUCAGUUCGCCAGCCGCUGCGACGGUUGCGGCGAGGUGUUCCGUGCUGGCACCAAGAAGAUGGAGUACAAGACAAGGCAGUGGCACGAAAAGUGCUUCUGCUGCGUCGUGUGCAAGAACCCCAUCGGCACCAGGAGCUUCAUCCCUCGUGAGCAGGAGAUCUACUGCGCUGGUUGCUACGAAGACAAGUUUGCCACUCGCUGCGUUAAAUGCAACAAGAUCAUCACGCAAGGUGGCGUGACCUACAAGAACGAGCCAUGGCACCGUGAGUGCUUCACUUGCACCAACUGCAACACAUCGUUAGCUGGCCAGCGAUUCACUUCUCGUGAUGAGAAACCCUACUGCGCUGAGUGCUUCGGAGAACUCUUCGCGAAGAGGUGCACGUCUUGCACGAAGCCUAUCACAGGCAUCGGCGGCACCCGCUUCAUCUCUUUCGAGGACCGCCACUGGCAUAACGACUGCUUCAUCUGCGCCCAGUGCAAGACGUCGCUGGUCGGCAAAGGCUUCAUCACCGACGGACAAGACAUCAUCUGUCCCGAGUGCGCCAAGCAAAAGCUCAUCGACAAAACCAUACUACCGGUAAUCGCUAACGCCAGAGACUGGUGCUUCUCAAAAAAGCAGGAUACCUCCAGCGAUAUGCUUUUCGACCUCGUUGACAAAAUAAACAUACGGAAGGUCCAUGUCAACCCUUAG